UCACUUCUUCACACUUCACUGCUUCAUCGUUCAUUCUCCAUAGCAGAACCACCAAAAUCCUAAACCCCAAAAUGCGAGGCUUCGCUUGUCGAGCCUCCAACUUCUUCAAGCGCAAUCUCGAUAAUUUCCCUUAUAACCCUAAUUUCAACUUCUUCAGAGAAUUCGCGCAAUCCACCGCAAUCCCCAAAAAGCAACUUAGGGUUCGUGACCACGGCUACGACAACUACAUGGAAGUGGAGAAGAAAACGCGCAAGGUCCUCAAAUUUCAGAGCAUCAUCCUCCCCGAGCCCACCCAAUCGCUCCCAAUCUCGCGCCUCGAAAACCUCGUGCGCCGCUUCGGUUUCACGCGCUACGAGGCUGGUGCGUUCGUCCUUAAGUUCCCGCACGUCUUCGAAAUCUUUGAGCACCCCGUCCAGCGCAUUCUCUUCUGCCGCCUCACCCGCAAAGCCAUCCUCCAGAUUCAGCAGGAGCGCCAAGCACUCGCGGAACAGAUUCCACGCGCCGUCACGCGGCUUCGGAAGCUUCUGCUGAUGACGAACGAAGGCAGGCUCCGCCUCGAGCAUGUGCGCAUUGCACGCUCCGCCUUCGGCCUUCCCGACGACUUCGAAAACUCUGUGGUUCUGAGGUACCCUCAGUUUUUCCGUUUGAUUGAUGCAAAGGAAACUAGGAUGAAGUACAUUGAGGUUGUGGAGAGGGACCCUAGGUUAUCAACUUGUGCGAUUGAGGAGGUUAGGGAGAGGGAGUAUAGAGAGAGAGGUGGUGAUGCUGAGGAUGUUAGAUUUUCUUUUGUCAUUGAUUUUCCACCUGGUUUUAAGAUAGGUAAGUAUUUUAGGAUUGCAAUGUGGAAGUGGCAGAGGCUUCCUUAUUGGUCCCCGUAUGAGGAUGUUUCUGGGUAUGAUUUGAGGUCCAUUGAAGCCCAGAAGAGGAUGGAGAAGAGAGCUGUUGCCACCAUUCAUGAGUUGUUGUCGUUGACUGUGGAGAAGAAAAUUACAUUGGAGCGGAUCGCACAUUUCCGAAUGGCGAUGAACCUGCCCAAGAGGUUGAAGGAUUUCCUGCUCCAGCACCAAGGUAUUUUCUAUGUCUCCACCAGGGGGAAUCAGGGGAAGCUUCACACUGUUUUCCUUAGGGAGGCGUAUAGAAAAGGCGAGCUGAUUGAGCCGAAUGAGUUGUAUUUGGCACGGAGGAAGCUAGCUGAGCUUGUGCUAUUGAGUCCAAGGAAAGCCAAGGUUGAUAAGGAGUUGGUUGGGUACAGGAGAAGCAGGUUAGAGGACGAAAUGGGGCAUGUAACGAGGACAUAUGUGGAGGAUGCUUGUGAAGACUUUAAGGGGGAAGAUGGUGUGGGUCUGGAUAAAGAUGCAGAGGAUGAUUUGACGUCAGAUAUAGGUUCUGAUGUUGAUUUGGGAGAUGAGGGUGAUGAUUUUGUGGAUAGUGCAUCACUGCAAAGGACAUCAUAGCUAGUAUUUGGGAACCUAUUUGAGCUACAUUUACUUCAAUUUUGCAAUUGAGAAAAGUCUCUUGAUACAGUUCUGAAUUCUGAAAUUUUGAAAUCUAACUUCCGAAAGUUUUGAGCAAUAGAAAAUGAGGAAUUAAGAUUCCUGUUUUUUCUGCAUCUUAACUGAAGUAAUAUGAUUUGUGGUGAUUAACCCAGCUUGAUCUAUAGUGAUUUUGUCAGACCUACUGGGUUCCUUAUGAAAAGUGUGGACUCUCCUAUAAUGUAGGAGGGGAGCAAUACUGGUCCUAUGUGAAACUGGCUCUUCCUGAAGGUUUUAUUGAGUUGAUAUUUGAUGCGACUGAGAUCUUCAGCCUAGCUCUUUCUGAAGGUUGGAUUGAAUUGUCUCAUUUAUGAAGAGGAAUAGGCCUUGGAGGUAGAGGGAAGAUAUCCAUGUGAUCAUCAAUUCUUUUUUCACCAGUAUAUUCCUGUACAUAUAGAUUAUUUUUAUAGAUGGAAACACCAACAAAUCAAAGAAAUAACAGCUUUAACCUUGAUGCAUCUUGUUAGAAAAUCAAGUGCCUCACUCGGAUGGAUGUUCAAUGAGGCCUGUGGCAACUCAUCUGCAGUUGGAUAAAUACCAGUCAUUUACAGUACCUUUUGAAUUUUGGUAACAAUUUUUUGUAGAACGCUAAGACUCCGGAGGAUGAUGACAAGUGUUAACAUAAACUAAGCUAUAAAUGAGAAAUUUCUAUCACCAUUUUUUUC